GUUUCGGGCCCCGACUGUCGGCUCCUUCUUCUGACGAGCAAACCUGGGCUGCAGGUUUAUCCAACACACCAACUCAAUAAAGUCUCCUCUAUUCCCCAGGGCUUUGCUUCCAGCCUUUCCUCCUCCUACUCCCCCCAGACUUCCUCCCUCCCUCCACCCACUCGCCCAGAUUGCCUAGAGGUAAGACACACACCAUCCAACACCGUCCAGCACGCAAUCUUUUAGCCUCAUCUUAGCUGUCUCAUCCAAUUGCUCGAGCGAGAGUCAACCCCGUUCUGCCCGCCCUAGCCCAUUAACCCCCUCUACCCCCGCCGUCUCGGCGCAGUUGAAAACUCGUCCUCAACAUAUAACCCCGUCCCCAUCACCGCCCUUCUCCAACCUCAGACUCGAAAGACUAUAUCCCGCAAGCGACCGUACACGAGACUAACCGGCACCCAGUAGACCUUUUCCUCCCUCCCUCCCUCCCUCCUUCCUUUAUCAUUACACAUCCACAAUGGCUGCCAACGGAGUCAACGGCCACGCCAGCCCACAGGGCACCUUCAUGUUCACCUCCGAGUCUGUCGGUGAGGGUCAUCCCGACAAGAUCGCUGAUCAGGUCUCCGAUGCCAUCCUGGAUGCCUGCCUGGCCCAGGACCCUCUGUCCAAGGUCGCCUGUGAGACUGCCACCAAGACCGGCAUGAUCAUGGUCUUUGGUGAGAUCACCACCAAGGCGAACCUCGACUACCAGAAGGUUGUCCGCAAUGCCAUCAAGGACAUUGGCUACGACGACUCCGCAAAGGGCUUCGACUACAAGACCCUCAACCUUCUGGUCGCCAUUGAGCAGCAGUCCCCUGAUAUCGCCCAAGGUCUGCACUACGAGAAGGCCCUCGAGGAGCUUGGUGCUGGUGACCAGGGUAUCAUGUUCGGCUACGCCACCGACGAGACCCCCGAGCUGCACCCCCUCAGCCAUCUGCUCGCUCACAAGCUGAACUCUGCCCUGUCCACCGCCCGCCGGGACGGCACCCUGCCCUGGCUGCGACCAGACACCAAGACACAGGUCACCGUUGAGUACCAACACGACAACGGGGCCGUCAUCCCCAGGAGGGUCGACACUGUUGUCAUCUCCACACAGCACGCCGAGGACAUCACAACCGAGCAGCUCCGCAAGGAGAUCAUGGAGAAGAUCGUCAAGAAGGUCAUCCCAGCCAACCUUCUUGACGACAAGACCGUCUACCACAUUCAGCCAUCUGGUCUCUUCAUCAUUGGCGGUCCCCAGGGUGACGCCGGCCUGACUGGCCGCAAGAUCAUCGUCGACACCUACGGUGGCUGGGGCGCCCACGGUGGUGGUGCCUUCUCCGGCAAGGACUUCUCCAAGGUCGACCGUUCGGCCGCCUACCUCGCCCGCUGGGUUGCCAAGUCCCUGGUGGCCGCCGGCCUCGCCCGCCGGGCCCUGGUUCAGCUGUCGUACGCCAUCGGUGUCGCCGAGCCCCUGUCCGUUUUUGUCGACACGUACGGCACCUCCAACAAGACCUCUGAUGAGCUCGUCGAGAUCAUCCGCAACAACUUUGACAUGCGCCCGGGUGUCAUUGUCAAGGAGCUCGACCUCGCAAGGCCCAUCUACCUGCAGACGGCCAAGAACGGGCAUUUUGGAACCAACCAGGACUUCAACUGGGAGAAGCCCAAGGUUCUCAAGUUCUAGACUCUCUAAGGUUACAGGUCCGGUAUCCUACACAUAAAGUCGUUUAUUCUAAUCACAAUUCGGGAUCGAUAACUGGCGUACGGUUUUCAACAACAACAUGGAAUAUGGGUAGCUAAAAAGCGCGUGGGGCGGAAGGCGUCUUUCAACACAAGGCAUGCAAGAUACCCAUUCAACGGGGCAUUUAGGUCGGAGUUUUGCUAGAUCCGCUCAACGAAGUGGCAAAUGAAUAAGAUCCAGUUUUUGAUCAGU